AUGGAGCCUCCAGGGUGUGAGCAGAGGAUAACAAAGGUCUCUCUAGCUGACCUUCUGAGGUGUUUUGAACAUCCUGUAAGCGAGGAGCAAGCCUGGGCUAUCUGCUUUCAGUGUUGCAGAAAAAUAGAGCAGGUGGCUCAGGGGCUGUGCACACCUCUCCGUUCUGUGUUCAUAAAAGGUUCUAGGAGCAUCUUUAUCCAUGCUGAUGGUACUGCUUCCUUCAAGGUCUACCACAAGUCUGAUGUAGGCAGCAUUCAGCAAUCAGAGGACAAGCUGUUGGAGUACUUGGGAGUGGUGAUCUAUGAAGCCCUGGACUGGGGAAUCGACAGCCAAGUGGAGCGAGAACUGAGCAAGCCUUUGGAGAAACUGCUGUGCCUCAUGUUGAAACUGAAUGACGAGGCAACAGAACCACCAGUCACCCUGCAGGAUGUUAUCAAGGCCUGUGAGGAGCACUUGUCCAGGCCUUCUGAGGCUACCAGCCAUUAUGAAAUGACCUGUAGGAGUCUGUUUACUGAAUAUGUAGAACUUCAAAAGCUUGUGACCAUCAUCCAGACCUCCAAAGAGAGACUGAGAAAAUUGGAUGUGGAAGAUUGGUUGGAAAAUCCCAUUCAAAAGAAGAAAACCCGUGGUGCAUCCCUGUGGCCCAAUGUCAUCUGUGAGCUGCAGACUGGUGUGAGGCUGCGCAAGGCCGCCGAGCGACCACAGCGUUGUGGGUCUCCAAAAGAACGUAUUCGCUCUCCCUAUGAGAUGCUUCUGGAUGACAUUCAGCAGAAGAGGUACACCCUGCGGAAGGUGACUAUCAAACAAAAGCACAGGGCCUCCAUAGUUGAUGUAGCUGCUCUCAAGCCUCAUCUAAAGCCGAUGUUGAAGGUGAAGCUGAAACAGCAUGUGCCACUGGAGCCCAGGUGGCAUGAACAGCUCAUGGCAGAAAUAAAACAACCACCAAAGCUUCGGGCAGCAGCACAGGAAAAGAGGAGCAGGCCCAAAGAAAUGCUUGAGGCAUCAAGUACUGCCUUGAACUCUCCAAACAACAAUUUCUUACAUCUCCAAGAUGCCAGUACUGAGUUUAAAAUUACCAGCACUAAAACACAGCAGCUGGGAGCAGGAGCUCAGGAAACCAUUCCCAAGCUGCCUGCCAGCACCUGCCUUCCCUCCACCAGGCUAUCAGGAGUAUCCUGCAUCAGCACAGGUCUCACUGCAAAUUGCAUGUCUCCUCCCAUGAGUGCACCCACACCAGGAGACAUUAAGCCUAAGUGUUUCCUGAGCACUGGCCAACAGCAGCUGCCUCCUUACAGAGGAAGGUCCAGAUCUUUAGAGAGAGGCCUUCAAAGCAAGCAGCUUGACUGUCCCAUUCCUACCAAGUGGCCAUCGCCAACCAUUGCUGAGCUGAUUGGAACCAGAUAUGCAAUGAUGGUGCUGGAAGGGCAAGGCCUAUUCCAAGGAGGUAGUGAUGGUGUCUUUCCAAGAGCAAAGAUCUGUUUCAGCUGCCAUAAGCAGAUGUUUCUUAAGUGGCCUUACAACUGUUACCUCUGCAGCAGGGUUGUCUGCUGUGACUGCUGUGUUAAGGCAAGUCUAGUCUUUACAACAGCAUAUGGGAUUUUUACAUUUUCUGCUUUCCCUCCUCCUCACUUAGUCAUAAGAAGCUUUCCCCCAUCCCACUGUGGCCAGGGGCCAGUGGCGGUGAAAGCCCUGUCGUGUCCCCUGUGCCCGAGGGACAUCUGCGCCUUCCUCAUCCCGGCUGAGCCGGGACACCUCCUGUCCGCCAGGGGACAGCCGCGGGCCGCGCCGCCCGGAGCCGCGGCGGCAAAAUGGGGCUCUCUCAAACAUAACUGA